AUGGCGGAGACUAUUAGCCCUUUGGUGUUAGCAGCCUUAUUGGAAUGGUUUCUCUUUCUCGUUGCAUUCAUAUACUGUCUAGCAAAGGCCUAUCGAAAAGCAGAACAUUGGAGUACCAAGGUCCUUGCUGUGGUGGUCAUGGCUCUCUUUACGGCAAUGAGAGGAAUCUUUCUUCCAGUUAUGGCUGUCACCCUCCCCUUGCCACCCCAGCUUACCCACUACUAUCCUCAUCCGCUCGUCUCCUUCCUCCAGUGGUUCGCCUUUUAUACUUUCUCACUUUUACUCACUAUCCCCUGGCUGUUCUGCAUCUAUCGACUAGUCACCAGCUCGGUCGGAAGAACAAAGAUGUUAAAGGAAGUCUUGAAUGACCGGACGGCGCCAAAAAUAAUGGUUGUCAUACCGGCAUACAAGGAAGAUCCUGCAGUCUUGAUAAAAGCACUCGAUUCCGUUGUUAACAGCGACUACCCAUUGAAUUGUAUUCACGUAUUUCUAUCAUAUGAUGGAGGGCAUAUCGAUCCAUACCUCCGCAUGAUGAAACAUCUUGGAAUACCAAUCUCCCUAAAUACUUAUCCGCCGAGUAUAGAUGUGAUGUACAAAGGUGUGAGGGUCACCGUGUCUCGUUUCAAACACGGUGGCAAGCGACAUUUAUACGCGGAAUACAACAGGCGGUACGGCAAUCUGUUUAUGUUAUUCAUCGACUCGGACUGCAACCUAGAUCGAUUAUGCCUACAAAACCUCAUGUAUGAUAUGGAGCUGAAGCCGGGAAGCGAGCGCAAUAUGCUAGCCAUGACCGGGAUCAUCACGUCAACGACACAGAAGAAUAGUUUCAUCACGGUGCUGCAAGACCUCGAAUACGUUCAUGGGCAGUGUUUUGAGCGUUCGGUGGAAUCGGGCUGUGGUGCUGUAACGUGUCUCCCCGGCGCAUUGACGAUGCUGCGAUUCUCCGCUUUUCGCAAGAUGGCCAAGUACUAUUUUGCAGACAAGGCGGAACAAUGCGAGGAUUUCUUCGACUACGCCAAGUGUCAGUUGGGAGAAGAUCGAUGGCUGACCCAUCUGCUCAUGAUCGGGGCAGAGAAACGCUACCAGAUCCAGAUGUGUAGCAGUGCGUUUUGCAAAACGGAGGCGGUCCAGACCCUCGGCAGCCUUUUGCACCAGCGGCGUCGCUGGUGGCUGGGCUACAUGACCAACGAGGCAUGCAUGUUGACCGACAGCCGGCUAUGGAGGCGUUAUCCUCAGCUCUGUCUGAUCCGCUUCAUGCAAAAUACCAUCCGCACCACUUCUCUUCUCUUCUUCAUCCAGGUUGCUUCAAUCAUAACCACAUUCACCAGAUUCCAUGAUCUCCCUGUUGGAUUCAUUGCGAUCUCGCUCGGGCUCAAUUAUGCGCUCAUGUUCUAUUUUGGAAUCAAGCUCAGGCGAUUCAAGGCUUGGCUGUAUCCGAUCAUGUUCGUUGUGAACCCUUUCUUCAAUUGGUUGUAUAUGGUGUACGGGAUUUUCACGGCGGGACAACGAACAUGGGGAGGACCGCGAGCGGAUGAAGCAGAAGCUGAUGAGCAUACCACGCCCGAGAAAGCCGUGGAGCAGGCUCGGGCGCAGGAUGAUGAACUCAACGUCCAGGUUGACGCCUUCCGUGCAAAAGCUGCAAAGAAAGAGUCACCUAUUCGACCGUCCGAGCAAACUGGUAGUCGUCUCUCUAGGCUACCAGGACUGUGCGGCAGGCACAUUGCCAAUUUUGAGGAUACCAUGAUAACAACCGCUUGUAUAUUAGCCCCUCUCCCAGAUGUUCCUCGAAUUGGCCUACACCCAUCUUGCUCUUCCGAUUCCGUAUUGACGGACUCUAGCGGUAGCUCCAUAUAUUUACCCGUGCCUAUGGAGAGCUUGAUGAACGAAGAGCAUCGAGCGAAGCAUCACAUGGCUCGUCAAGCACAGGAGCUUGCCGCUCGUCUUGAAUACAUCGUCACGGAGCCCCAGGGUGGACAGGGUGCAGAUACUCAAAACCUUAUGAGGCCACUUCCCCACGACUGUUUUGAUGGUCCUGAGACACAAGCUACCAUCGACCGCUCUAUUCAGGUCCAACGAUUGCAAGGCUUCCCGUUGAGCCCGCCGGAACGAGAACAAGAGCCUACACUCACCCAGCAACCAGGAGUGCUUGGUAUAAUGACGGGGAACUCCUGGAGUCCCCAAUCAUCGCGUGGGCGGCGUCUACUAAACACCCCAAGACAAAGAUCACUGUCCAGGCACGCUGAGAACAUGGUAUGA